AUGGAGGAAGGGUCGAGACAGUUUACAGAAGCAAAAACCAAUGACAUGGGAGGAUUAGCAGACGAAGAGGAAAGAGAUGUAGAAAUCAACUCCCAAACCCAGCCUCUUCUCAAGAGAAACAGAACACUUUCGUCCAAUCCACUAGCCAUGGUUGGAGCCAAGGUUUCUUAUAUUGAGAGCUUGGACUACGAGAUCAACGAGAAUGAUCUCUUCAAGCAUGACUGGAGAAGCAGAUCAAAGGUCCAAGUAUUGCAGUACAUAUUAUUAAAAUGGACACUGGCCUUCCUAGUUGGGCUUCUAACUGGUAUUAUUGCCACCCUAAUCAACCUUGCAAUUGAGAACAUUACUGGGUACAAAUUCCUCGCAGUGGUUCACUACAUUGAGAAGAAAAGGUUCCUAAUGGGAUUCAUUUUUUUUACCGGAGCUAAUUUUCUUCUUACCAUGGUGGCCACAGUUCUGUGUGUGUGUUUCGCACCUACUGCAGCUGGGCCUGGUAUACCUGAAAUCAAAGCUUAUCUCAAUGGGGUAGACACUCCCAACAUGUUUGGUGCUACAACACUAGUUGUCAAGGUGUGUGGCUUUCAGAUAGAACGUUAUCACUUCACUUUCAUUACUAGUAACAGUCAUGAGCUUCAGUUUGCACAGAAGAUCAUUGGAAGCAUUGGAGCUGUCUCUGCCGGCCUAGAUUUAGGAAAAGAAGGGCCAUUGGUGCAUAUUGGCAGCUGCAUUGCUUCAUUACUAGGCCAAGGUGGGCCAGACAAUUACCGUGUCAAGUGGUGCUGGCUCCGCUACUUCAACAAUGAUCGUGACCGCAGGGACCUCAUCACCUGUGGUGCCUCUUCAGGGGUAUGUGCUGCUUUUCGGGCCCCAGUUGGCGGUGUCCUGUUUGCUCUUGAAGAGGUGGCAACAUGGUGGAGAAGUGCCCUCCUCUGGAGAACUUUCUUCAGCACAGCAGUUGUGGUGGUGGUGCUCAGGGCUUUCGUCGAAUACUGCAAAUCAGGAAAUUGUGGACUUUUUGGGCAAGGGGGACUCAUACUGUUUGAUGUGAGCGAUGUCACUGUGAAGUACCAUGUUGUGGACAUUCUCCCUGUCGCUGUAAUUGGAGUCAUUGGUGGACUUUUGGGUAGCCUUUACAACCAUCUUCUCCACAAGGUCCUCAGAGUCUACAAUCUCAUUAAUGAGAAGGGAAAACUACACAAGAUUCUUCUCAGUCUCUCUGUCUCACUGUUCACCUCUGCAUGCCUAUAUGGACUCCCUUUUCUUGCCAGUUGCAGACCAUGUGAUUCCUCCUUUCCGGAGUCUCCCUGCCCCACUACUGGACGGGUGGGAAACUUCAAGCAAUUCAACUGUCCAAAUGGCUACUACAACGACCUAGCCACUAUCCUCUUUACAACCAAUGAUGAUGCUGUCCGGAAUGUGUUUUCCACUAAUACUCCUACAGAAUUCCAUAUCUUCUCUCUUAUUAUUUUCUUUGCUCUGUAUUGCAUCUUGGGACUUUUCACAUUUGGCAUCGCUGUCCCCUCUGGUCUCUUCCUCCCUAUCAUCCUAAUGGGCUCGGCUUAUGGCCGCAUGCUUGGUAUUGCUAUGGGGUCAUAUACAAACAUUGACCAGGGGCUGUAUGCUGUUCUUGGUGCAGCCUCCCUCAUGGCUGGCUCAAUGCGAAUGACCGUUUCCCUUUGUGUCAUAUUUCUUGAACUUACUAACAAUCUUCUCUUACUACCCAUAACAAUGCUUGUUCUUCUAAUUGCCAAAACUGUUGGAGACUGCAUCAACCCAAGCAUCUAUGAGAUCAUACUGGAUCUAAAAGGGCUGCCCUUCUUAGAUGCACAUCCUGAGCCAUGGAUGAGAAAUAUUACAGUAGGUGAUUUAGCUGAUGUCAAGCCACCAGCAGUUAACCUGCGGGGAGUUGAAACAGUGGGUCGAAUCGUGGACGUCUUGCAAAACACCACACACAAUGGUUUCCCAGUCAUAGAUGAAGAGGUGGUGCCACCAAUAGGUCUGGCAACGGGAGCAACUGAACUGCAUGGAUUGGUUCUAAGAGCUCACCUCAUUUUAGUGCUAAAAAAGAAGUGGUUCCUGCAAGAGAGAAGGAGAACAGAGGAUUGGGAAGUGAGAGAGAAAUUUACCUGGGUAGAGCUGGCUGAAAGGUGGUGGAAUAUUGAGGAGGUGGCUGUCACAAAGGAUGAAAUGGAGAUGUAUGUUGAUUUGCAUCCUCUCACCAAUACAACCCCUUACACAGUGGUGGAGAGCAUGUCAGUGGCAAAGGCCAUGGUACUCUUCAGGCAAGUGGGGCUCCGCCAUAUGCUCAUUGUACCCAAGUACCAAGCAGCCGGGGUGUCUCCGGUGGUGGGGAUCUUGACCAGGCAAGACUUGAGGGCUCACAACAUUUUGAGUGUGUUCCCUCAUCUAGCAAAACCUAAUGGAAGUGAAAAAGGACACUGA